AGUAGGGAAAAAUAGAGAAAAGGGGAAAAGCAGACCCUGGAAAAUCCCGGGGGGAAUCAUCGGGAACCCCAUUCCCGAAGGAAACGGGAGAUUUGGAUCCCGAAAUCCCCGCCCGGGAGCGCUGAACCCGCGCUGGGGGCGGCUCCGGGAGCACCGGGCGGGGCCGGGCCAGCACCGGGAGCCUCCCCCGGAACACCGGGAGCACCGGGAUGCCUCGGGAAGGCGAGCGGAGCCCCCAGCGCCGCCUGCUCCGGAGGAGGGAGAGCUGCAAGUGGUGCCAGGUCCGCUCCGCCAGCAUGGAAAAAGGAGCCGAUCCCUGCUCCAGCACCGCGGCUGCCGCAUCCUCGUCCAGCCCCAAGCUGAAGGAGGAGCUGCUGUGCCCCAUCUGCUACGACCCUUUCCGCGAAGCCGUGACCCUCCCGUGCGGCCACAACUUCUGCAAGGGCUGCGUCAGCAGAUCCUGGGAAAGCCGGCGGCACGCGUGCCCGCUGUGCAAGGAGAAAUCCUCGCUGGAAGAUCUGCGCGUGAACCACACCCUCAACAACCUGGUGGAGCUGAUCCUGCGGGAAGAGGGGCAGCGCCAGGGCCGCGGCGCCGCGCUGUGCCCCGUGCACCAGGAGGAGCCCAAGUUCUUCUGCCUGGAGGACAAGGAGCUGGCGUGCUUCGCCUGCCAGAAUUCCAAGCAGCACGAGGGGCACAAGAUGCGGCCGGUGCGGGAAGCGGCGGCGGAUUUCAGGGCCAAGCUGGCGAACAUGGAGUCUUCCCUGCGGGAAAAGGCCAAGGAUUUCGGGACUGUGCGGCGCUCCUACGAAUCCAUCUCCCGGCACAACGAGGCGGAAUCAGCGCGGCUGGAGCGGCAGGUGAAGUGGGAAUUCGAGAAGCUGCACAAAUUCCUGCGGGAUGAGGAGCAGGCGCUGCUGGAGCAGCUGUGGGAGGAGACGCGGCGGAAGCAGGAUCUGAUCCAGGGAAAGAUGGAGCAGCUGGCCGAGGAGAGCCAGGCCCUGCUCAACGAGGCCGGGCAGCUCCAGGCCGACCUCAAGGAGGAUGACUACACAUUCCUGAUGGUAAUUCCCACCGGGAUUCCCAGAUCUGUUGGAUGUCAGGGCUCUGGUGGCAGCCAGGAUCUGAUUCCCAUUUUUUCCCUCUUUUCCAGACCCACAAGAACCGCAAGCGGAGGAUUGCCUGCACAGCCGAGGAGCCAGAAGCUGUUCCCUCGGGAAUGCUCCUGGACGUGGCCAAGUACCUGGGAUCGCUCCAGUACAACGUGUGGAAGAAGAUGCUGGACACCAUCACGGCGGUCCCAUUCAGCCUGGACCCCAAUUCGGCUGCCGGCUGGCUCUCGGUGUCCGAGGAUCUCUCCAGCGUCUCCAACCACGGCUACAAACUCUCUGUGGAAAACCCGGAGCGCUUCACCUCCGCCCCCUGCAUCCUGGGAUCCCGCGGCUUCUCCGAAGGCUUCCACACCUGGGAAGUGGACCUGGGCGGGCUCACCAACUGGAGGGUGGGCGUGUCCCGGCCCCACAGAGGUUCCGACUGGACUUUCCACCACGAUUCCCGCUCCGGAUUCUGGUACAUCUACCACCUCUCCGGCAAAGAUGAGUGCCGGGCGUCCAACACCGUGCGCUCGGAAGCGGCUCCAGGAAAUCUCCGGCGGGUCCGGGUGGAGCUGGACUGCACCGAGGGGGAAUUGUCCUUCUACGACGCCGACCACCGCAGCCACAUCUACACAUUCCAUGAGAAGUUCGGCGGCAUCGUCUUCCCGUAUUUCUACGUGGGAGGGCCCCAGGGUGGCACCAAGGCGAAGACGCUCCGGAUUUGCCCGCUCCGGGUCCGUAUCCAUGAGGACAUCCCGUCCUAGCUGGGGUCUCCUGCCUCCUGGUGAGGUUUUCAGGGUGCUUUUCCAGAAAAAAAAAAAACAGAAAAAGCAGGGAUAAAAAUAAUAUUUGUUUGCAAUGCCUCAGGUUUUUAUCAUUAAUAAAUAUUAAUAAAUAUUAAUAAACUCUCGCUGUGUGGUUCUGUCUCCAAAUCCUGAAUUUCCCUCUUUGUCAUGGAUCCGAGCUGGGAAAACUUUGGGAAGAAGGGAUUUAUUUCCCUGUCAAAUGAGGAAUUCUCCCAUUUUGGGACAUUUCCUGCAGUUUUCAGGGAUCCAGGAAUCCCUGCUGUGAAUGGGAUCCUUUUCCCAGCUCUUGGAAUGGGAAAAUCCCAUGGGAUUUGGCCAGACAUGGGGUGCAUCCCCUCCACAUGGAAAACCAUCAAUGGGAACAUCCCUGGGAGUAUCCCACCUCCUCCACCCUUUUUUUUCCCAUGGCUAAAUCCCUCUGAGGGGCUUUUGUCAGAAUUCCCAGCUCUGGGAAUCCAAUGAAGAUGCGUUGGGAAAUGAAGGAAGUUUGGAGUUUUCAUUCAGAGUUGAUCCCGCCCAGUUUUUUUUCCCCCAAAUCCAGGUGAGUCUUUGGGAUUUCAGGUGAUUCCAUGGGGUAAGAAAAGGGGCCUGGGUGGCUCAUCCUGCUCUUUUCCUGUCCUUUUCCUGACUUUUCCUGCCCUUUUCUUGCUUUUUUCCCCAUCCGGAUUCUGACAGUAGUGGGUGGUUUCCAUGGUUUCCCACCAUUUCCUUGGGAAGCUCCUUAGGAACAGGAGCUGGGGGAGGGAGAACAAAAGGGACACCCUGGAGCUGAAGGCGAGCAGGGCCCACCUGGGAUCCUCCCACAGCGAAUCCCUGGAUACAGGAGAGGAGGAAAAGUAGCAGGAGCAUCCCAGAUCCCUGCAUCCCAUUAUCCCA